AUUCGAAACGGAUAGGUGGCGCCUGGGUUGGCUGUAGGCCUCGCUUUGGGCCGCCGUAGGAGCCUUCUUCCCGCCCCUCCCUCCGCGCCCCGAGCCCGGCGGUCCGUCUGGUUCUUAAGGUGUGGGAAGACUGCAAAGUUCACAAGGAUGAAGAGAAGUUCUGUUUCUACUGGUGCUGCUGGCCGCCAGUCUAUGCAGGCUUUAAGAUCACAGGAUAAUAAUAAACAAGGUCUUUAUACUCCAGUAACCAAAGAAAGACCAGCCUUUGGGAAGCUGAAUACUAGUAGACUUACACCUGGCACAUCCACCUCUGAAAGGAAAAUCAGCUUAUUUGGUAAAAGAACUAGUGGGCCUGGAUCCCGGAACAGUCUGCUUGGUAUAUUUGGCGGUUCUGAAAAAAUCAAAGACCCUAGGCCACUUAAUGACAAAGCAUUCAUUCAGCAGUGUAUUCGACAACUCUUUGAGUUUCUUAUAGAAAAUGGCUAUGCUUACAGUGUUUCCAUGAAAUCUCUACAAAGUCCAUCCAUUAAAGACUUCCUAAAGAUCUUCACUUUUAUUUUUGACUUCAUAUCACCUUCCUAUGAGCUUCCAGAUAGCAAGUUUGAAGAGGAGGUUCCAAGAAUCUUGAAAGAUCUCGGGUAUUCAUUUACUUUACCAAAAAGCUCGAUGUAUACAGUAGGAGCACCUCAUACAUGGCCUCAUAUUGUGGCAGCUUUGAACUGGCUUAUAGAGUGUGUUAAGAUGCUUUUUGCCUGCAAACAAAGUUCACCUUCAUUUGAUGAUGGACAGCCCUGGGGAGGAGAGAGUGAAGAUGGAAUAAUGCAUAAUAAGUUGUUUUUGGACUAUACUGUAAAAUGCUAUGAAAAAUUCAUGACUGGUGCUGAUUUUUUUGAAGAUUUAGAUACAGAAUUACAUUCAAAGCUAAAGGACUUAUUUAAUGUAGAUGAUUCCAAGCUAGAAGCUUUAGCUUCAGAAAACAAAAGGCUAACUGAAGAAAUUGCUAGACUGGAACAAGAGAGAGAAGAUGAGCCGAAUCGUCUGAAAACAAUAAAAAAAGUAUCUGCAUCUUUAAGAGCAGAUGUUCAGAAGUACGAGGCAUAUAUGAACGAAUUGGAGUCUCAUUCUGUUAUUCUUGCACAGAAACUAAAUGAUCUCAAAGAACAACUUCCUGCUGCAGAACUGGAAUUAGAAGCAGUAAAGCAAGAGAAUGCCCGGCUACAAAACAUUAUUGAUAUGCAGAAGUAUUCAGUGGCUGACAUAGAGAGAAUACACCAUGAAAGAAAUGAAUUCCAGCAAACCAUCAAAAAAUUGACCACAGAACUAGAAAUAGAACAAAAACAAUUGUGGAAUGAAGAAUUAAAAUAUGCAAGAAGCAAAGAAGCGAUUGAAUCGCAACUGGCGGAAUAUCACAAACUUGCUCGAAAAUUAAAACUCAUUCCAAAGAGUGCAGAGAAUGCCAAAGGUUAUGACUUUGAAAUUAAGUUUAAUCCUGAGUCUGGUAUAAACUAUCCUGUCAAAUACAGAACUCAAGUCUAUAUUCCACUUAAAGAGUGCUUGAACCAAUAUGAAGAAAGAAUAAGCAAACUUCUACAUAAAAAAAUGGGGUUAGAAGAGACCCUAGAACAAGUGAACACUAUGGUAAGAGAACUGGAAAGAAGUACAAAGAUGUUAAACAUUGAAGUUCAAAAACUGAAGGAUCUUAAAGAAGAAAAAAUUAAGGAAGCUGAAGAAAAAGACAGAAAAUGUACUAUUGAGGUGGAGUCCCUGGACAAACAUAAACAUUUACUUGAAAGUGGAGUUAAUGAAGGCCUCAAUGAAGCCAUGAGUGAAUUGGAUGACAUUCAGCAGCAAUACCAGCUGGUAUUACAAAUGACAACUGAAGAAAGACGAAAAGUGAGCAAUAACUUGCAGCAUCUCCUAGAAAUGGUUGCAACCCAUGUUGGAUCUUGUGAAAAAUAUCUUGAGGAUCAGAUUGUUAGAGUAGACAAAGAAUAUGAAGAAUUCAUUGCUGAAGAUUUCUUGGAAAAUAUUAAAGAAAUUGUAGACAAGUACAAAAAAAAAGCUUCUGUUCUCUUCCACUGAAUCAAGAAUUGCUAAUUAUUGUACUACCACUGAAGAGUUCACUUCUUGAGAUGUCAAUGCCAAGUCUAUUUUUUUAUUUAAAAAAAAACAAGCAUUCAUGACUAUUUAAAUAUUUGUUAAGUGCCUCCUGCCAAUUGUCAGUAUGCAGCAAGGAUGGAAUAGUUGUUUAGAAUUUUUACUUUUUGCAUUUGUAUUUACCAACCUGUAAUCAUACAGUCAUUGUCGAAUUUAUUCUAAAUGUUAACCUGCCAGUAUAGGAUUCAACUCCCCUUAUUCUUGAUGGACCUCCAAAAUACCAAGGACCAAGCUUGUAUUUGUAUUGAUAAUAGAAAUUAAUUCAAAUGAGAACUGUAUAGAUGGCCUUCAGAAAUUGAACAGGAGAGUUUUUCUUCCUUCAAUUAUGAUAUUUAAUUUAGAAUUUUUACUUUAUUAUCUAUACAUAUAUCCACUGUGUGCAUAGUAUUAGGCACUACAAAUACCAGUGGGGCUUAAACUAUUAAGAAUCAUAAUUCAAAAAUCUUUUGGUGGAAGACUUAGAAUUAUAAAAAGAACUGCUCUUCCUCCAAAUGAGUGGUUCAAAUACAAAAACAUAUAUAGAUCUAAUUUAUAAAUUAGACAAUGUAAUUGUACUUAAGUAUUUGUUUUAUCAGCUGUGAAUCUCCAGUGUUUUAAAGAAUUGAUUAAGAAUUGUCAUAACCUCCUUGAGCACUUUUAACACUCAGCUUUACAGCAGUUUAAUGUAGUUGUUCAGCCAAUGAUCUCCAGUCUAUAUAAUCUCUGGCCCAAAGAGCUUCACCUAAAAACUCAAAAAGAUCAUCUGUCCAAAUUUGAGAGCACUCGCCUUAUAAUCUUUAAUGAAGAAUAUCUUUAUAAUGCCAAAUGGAAGGUAUAUUUAUUUGACUAUAAGCCCAUAUGUAACUGUGUAUUUGUAUUGUGUACAUAUGUAUUUAUUUUUGUGUGUGUGUAUAUAUGCUGGGGGAGGGAGGGAAGUGUUCCUAAAUAAAUGUUUUGGGGAUUUGAAGGUAGGUUUACUACUUUUAUGUGUGUUUUUGUUGUUGUUGUUGUUGUUGUUUAAUGAGGCAAUUGGGGAAACCUAAUUAAAUAAACAUGUAAGAAUGUA